AUGUCACUCCGCCAGAUUUCAUGGACACUGGAACCACCUGUGUUAUGGUGGUUCCUUUCAUACUUACGCCCACCAGUUUCACAUUGUAUUGUUUGCACGAAAGCCUGCAAGUUACACGUUCACACCCGACUCAAUGGCUACUUAUUUGACACAGAUGGGGUGCAUACGGUUCAGACUGUCAUUUUGGAUUGUCCCGGCUGUAAUGCGACGUAUUGCCCCAGUUAUUACACCCACGACAGUUUGCAACACUACUACACUUUGCCGAUGGGACGCGACGACAAGAUUCUGCACGUACACUGCCACUAUUACAUCACAGACAGGCUAGGCCACCUGUUUCGUGUAAUCCAAAUGCUUGCUCACGUCUCCCACUUCAACUUGACCAACUGGUAUAAUGAGAUCUACGUGGAAGGGGUCGACAUUCCGCUUUUCGAUGAGGGCUUUUCGCCCUCUAUGUCUGAGGCUGUGUGCCUAGACGGCCUCGAAUUGCGCGCUCUCUUAGGCCACAAAGAUCGUCGACAGAUGCAACUGUCAGUGCCUGCCAAAGGAACUGACGAUGUUCGUUUGGACGAGGCUAUCGCGUCUCACCUCGACCGACUCAAUGUUGAAGGCACUCGCUUCCGAGACCACUACUGCAGUCGCUGUGUCCGGGUGAAGUCCGGCGGAAUUGAUCCUGAGACGGGUGAGGAGAUAUUGAUGGGCAUCCGAGCCGUGGCCACCGACGGGUUGACCAUAGGGCACUGGCGAUGCAGUGCUUCUACCAAACAGCUGGAAGAGCUUGCAAAGACUUCAGGACAACCGCCACCAGAAGGGCCCUGCACAAAUCGCCUUCAAAACAUCAACGAUCGGGUCAAAUCAAAUUUUGCCCUCACCGCCAUUCUCAACCGCCCUGGUUCCAACCUGCCCUCCGAUCCCACAGUCCACCUGGACGCUGAAACUGCAGAGUUCAAUGAUCUCGAAGGAUUACGCCAAGCUGACGAGUCCAAUCGAGCACACGAAGGCGCACGCGAUGGUGGCGAAUCGCAAGCUAAGAAGGUCGUGACAUCGAGGUGCCGCACGCACAACGAUCAACUCUGUGUUGGGUGUUGCGGUAUCAUUCUGGCGUGCAAGACUUUCUACCAUUCGGAAUCUGUCAGUGCCGUCAAGCACUUUCUGGAAGAUACAUUCCCUCAAGGGAUACCGGAGUUCUGCAAGCGCUUCACUGACCCAAACCUCUUUCCAGAUAUACAAGAACAUGGCGAGUGGGUUUUUAAUGUGUCCGCUGCAGAACUCACCAACAUAUGGUACGGAGGCUUUGCUUCCAUGUGCCGUAACAUGCACUCACUGAGGUAUAAUUUAUUCUUGGAAGAAAUGGUGUAUUUGAGGAAUGUGUGGCUCUCCAAAAAACUGAGCAAACCUCCGGGCAUGGAGUUCAUGGGUAUUGGAAUUGUCUAG